AUGACAUUAAAAUCUAACUGGAAUAUUUUAUCUGAUGAUGAUAAUUCUCAACAAAGUUUUUUCUCUGAUUGUGAUUCUGAAUUUGAUCUUAGUCCACAAGUUCGAUAUUCAUUCGAAACACCAAUGACAAGAUCGAGAAGUAAAACUAUUGGAAACACAUUGAUUAUUCCUCCAACACCAUCUAAAGAACAAUGUCAAUCAAUAAUUCAGCAUAGUAUUAAUUCACUUGCUAAUAUGACAACAACAUUAACAAAUUCAAUUCUAUUUUCAAAAAAAGAUUUAUCAAAUAAUCGAUUUCAAAAUUCUACAAUUGAUGGUAUUAAUACAUUGACUGAUUGGUUUGAAAGUUGUAGUUUAAAUGAAAGUAAAUAUAAAAAUUCUUUUGGGUCAAAUCAUAAAACAGAUAAUUAUAAUAAACAUUCAAAUAAAUCACCGUCAUCAAAUGUUACAUAUGAUUCAAAUCCAUUUUCAAAAUUAAAAACUUCAUCUUUAUUUGAUGAACAACAAACACAAUUAUGGUCUCGUUUUCAUUUUACUACUUCAACAAUUCAAAAUAAUUUAUCAAUUGAACAAUACAAUUCAACAUCGUCAGAUAUAUUUAUUUCUCCAAAUAAAAAUUUUUCUAAUCAUUCUUCACCUUCACAAAUUGUACCAUGUUUAUUAACGAAAACUUCAUCAUUAGUUAAUCAAGAAACAUUAUCUCCACUAAUAAGACAAUGUCAAAUAAUAGAUUCUGAAUUUUCAAACAAAGAAGAAGAAGAGGAUAUUGUUAUUCAACAAUCAUCGUCAAAAAUCUUCUUUAUUUUAAUAAUAUUUGUCGUUGGUCUUGUGUUUGGUUAUUUACUUACAAAUAUAUUUUCAUCUAAUAUUAUUCGCGAUGGGUUUUUUGUUAUUUGGGAGGAAUGUAUUCAAAUAACUAUAAAAUAUUUCUCUUUAUUAUAUAUUUACCUUCAAACACUUAUGAAGUACUUUUCAUCAUUUCUGUCAGUUUAA